UGAACGUCAGUACGCUGCUGCGAUUCCCGUUACCUGUUACGCUACGCUCUCCGCGCAGAGGCUGCCGGGUAACGUAGUCCCUUCUGUCCGGUGCGGCCAUAGCACGCAGCUUUCUGUGUACUACAACUCCCGUCAGCGGAGGCAGUUUAAUGAGUUGAAGGACUGUUCGGCGGAGGCUCCGGGGGACCUAGGGGCAGCGGGGAGCGGUCAGUGAAAUGUACCUUGCUCUGGUUAUUAGUGCCUGCUGAUGGUGUGCUGGGGAGAUUCCUGUGUGGCCUGCUCGUCCCCCUCCCUUGACCCCUGGACCUUCCUCACUAAUGACUGGCUGGAUUGUCUUACCCAUCAGCCUGUCUGCAUUUUCCAUCCCUGGGAUAUGGAUAGUGUACGCAAUGGCUGUGGUGAACCAUCACGUGUGCCCUGUAGAGAACUGGACAUACAAUGUGACGUGCUCCGAUGACAACACUAAGCAGGGGACACCUAAAUCUUGCUGCACCUUAGAGGAUGUCCCUCUCAUCAGUAAGUGCGGGACAUACCCGCCUGAGAGCUGCCUCUUCAGUCUGAUUGGGAAUGUUGGUGCUUUUAUGGUGGUGAUGAUCUGUUUGCUGAGAUACAGCCAGGUCAUCGAGCUCAGCCACAGCUCCUGGCUGAACACUGUUGCUUUGAUCGCCGGCUGCACGAACGCGGCAGGUCUAGUCAUGGUCGGAAACUUCCAGGUGGAUUAUGCAAAGUCUCUCCAUUACAUCGGCGCAGGAGUGGCUUUCCCAGCUGGUUUGCUGUUCGUAUGUCUUCACUGCAUCCUCACGUACCAUCUGGCUGCUAGCGCUCUAGACUGCUGGGUGGGACACCUGCGUGUAAGCCUGACCACUGUGGCCUUAACAUCCCUUGUCCUGAGUGGUGUAUUUUUCAUUCAUGAAAGCUUCCUCCUUCAGCACUUGGCUGCAAUCUGCGAGUGGAUCUUCGUCCUGGACAUACUUGUCUUCUAUGGGACCUUUGCCUACGAAUUUGGCUCCGUUUCCACUGACACGAUCAUGGCCGCUCUUCAAAGCACCGCUGCCCGCAGCUGUAAGUCACCAGGAAGCAGCAGCACAUCCACUCACCUCAACUGUAAUCCUGAGCGGAUUGCCAUGAUAUGAGGAGGAUGGAGUGGGGGCAAAUGACCCACCACCAAUCCCUGACACUCAGGAUUAUUUUUAAGACUUUGUUUUUUUUUUUUUACCAAAUAUAAAGAAUUGUAAGCCAGUUUUAACUCUUUAUAGUCAGACAGGAAUAUAAUAGUAGUCUUGGCUACAAAUGGGUUAUAUAAAACAACAGUAUUCACAGAUGUUCACUUUUAUUUUUUUCUCCAUGUGUGUUUUCACGUCUAACACUUUUCGGGGGUAAACAUUUUUUUUUUUUUAUUUAAUACAAUUUUUUUAUUUUCCUUUCUUUUAACUGGUGGGUGUAUUUCAAAGUGCACCAGUUGCUUACACUCAGUGGAAGCAGUCACUCUGUGGACUGAGCCAAUACUCAUAGCAUUGCAGUAUACAGGUUGAGUCUCCCUUAUCCAAAAUGCUUGGGACCAGAGGUAUUUUGGAUAUCGGAUUUUUCCGUAGUUUGGAAUAAUUGCAUACCAUAAUGAGAUAUCAUGGUAAUGGGACCUAAAUCUAAGCACAGAAUGCAUUUAUGUUACAUAUACACCUUAUACACACAGCCAGAAGGUCAUUUUAGCCAAUAUUUUUUUAUAACUUUGUUCAUUAAACAAAGUGUGUCUAUAUUCACACAAUUCAUUUAUGUUUCAUAUACACCUUAUACACACAGCCUGAAGGUCAUUUAAUACAAUAUUUUUAAUAACUUUGUGUAUUAAACAAAGUUUGUAUACAUUGAGCCAUCAAAAAACAAAGGUUUCACUCUCUCACUCUCACUCUAAAAAGUCCGUAUUUCGGAAUAUUCCGUAUUUCGGAAUAUAUGGAUAUGGGAUACUCAACCUGUAUUUCACUAGGAACCAGCGAUUGGUCCCUUUCUGUGUAUUGGUACAGCCCACCCAAUGCUCUCUGUAUGUUUGUUGGCCACUAUUGUAUCUUGGGGUUUUGCUGUAUGGAGACACCAUGUGGUUGUUCUGAAUAAUUGUGGGAUUAGGACUACACACAUAUAGGGUAAAAUGAACGCAUUUUGGAACUGAAUAUAAUGGUGCUAUGCACAAAGUACCCGUGGAUUGCUGGUGAUGUGUUUUGUAUAAGGAUACUCGCUGGUCAUAUAUGGAUGAUGUAAACGGCUCAUUAUUCCACACAAGGAUACAGAGAUACCAAACAACUCAUGCUACAAAAUUCAGUAACGUGGUGCUAUUAGCUCAUUAUUCAGAAUAGUAAAACUGGCUUUUAUUUGUAUAUUGCAAGUUAAAUGAAUACAAGUAAUAUGUGUAAUUUAUAGGGUUUAGAUAAUGACGCAAAGCACUUUACCUUGCAAUUUCCAUGUUCUCACAGCAAAUUUCUUUUUUAGGUGUAUGUAGUGUGGUGCGUGUAUAAUUAAUAUUAAAAAUUUUUUUUUUUUUAUAUAUAUAAUAUAUAUAUAUAUAUAUAUAUAUAUAUAUAUAUAAAUAUACACACACACAAUAUAUCGGCUUGCCAUUUAAUUAUGGACACCUAUGACUUACACACGUGCUGUGGUUGAUUAAAACCAGGUGACAUGCAGGCUUACAUUUAGCCGGCCGCAGAACCUGUGUAAAUCAGUGGUGUCCUGGAUUAAAGGGAUAUAAUGGCAUGCCUAAAUAUAUGGGAAUUUUUUGUUUUUUAUGUUGCCGGUUUUGUCCAGAAUUAGUCAGAGAACCUCUCACACAGUAUUUUUGCAAUAAUGAAGCAGCGUGCAGUACUCCAGAUCAAUCACAAGGUGUAACAAUGCGAUACUCAAGCAGGGCAGGGACAUUGUACUGUUAUGUCACCCACCUCAGGGUCGUGUAUCCACAAGCCUUAAAAUUGUAAGUGUACGGCUUUGUUUGGAUUUGUUUUCUUUUCCUGGAGAAGACUGUUGCUGCCUCCGCUGGGUGUGGAGGACUCUUCCUGUCUGAUACUGUUACACUUCCUCACUGCCACUUAUCACAUACAGGAUUGCGUAGUACAGCAGGCCAGACAAUUCUCCAGUAUCCCAGGGGACCCACACAGUUGUACAUGCUGCUCUAACAGUGGACGUUGCAUUACAGGAUAGCUCCAGGGUAUUAUAAAUCUAUUAUUUUUUACGUGAUCCUCAAGGUUGUUUUUUGUUUUUGUUAAUAAAAGUGGAAUUUUAGAAA